AUGAGUCUCCUCGGGAAAGCAUUCAUCGUCACAGGGGGCGCCUCGGGGAUCGGCAAAAGCACAGUCAGGAAGCUGCUCGAGCUCUCGGCGCAGGUGCACGUCGUCGACGUGGCCAGCGACAUCCCGGCACACGCAGGGCUCGCCGGCCGGCAGACGAACCACGCAAGCGUCGACGUCGCCUCGCGGAAGCACGUCCGCGCCGUGUUUGACAAGAUCGCCGCACGGGCGCAAGAGGGCGUGCAGCUCGGCGGGCUGGUGCACUGCGCCGGCAUCCUGCGCCCGACCGAGGCCUCGGAGGCGGGCGACGAGUACCUGCGCCAGCUCUGGGACGUCAACGUGCUGGGGACGUGGAACGUUAAUACCGAGCUGUAUCGGCUCGUCAGGGCGUCGCGCGAGGCGAGUGCCGGCGCGCGCGUCGACGCUCUUGCCAGCAUCGUCAACAUGGGCUCCAUGGCGUCGGUCAGGGGCAUUCCCGACACGCCGGGAUAUGUCGCUACGAAGCACGCGGUCCUUGGGCUCACUCGCUCCUUUGCGCAGUCGUGGGCGUCGGUCGGGCUCAGGGUCAAUUGCGUUGCGCCGGGCGCCGUCAACACCCCCAUGAUUCAGGGCAUGGUGCUUGAGGAUGUCGCGCCGGCGUACAGGGGAGCUCUGAGGUCGCUGAUUGAGCCGGAGGAGAUUGCCGACACCGUCAUGUUUCUCUUGGGCAAGGGCUCGUCGGCCAUCACGGGGCAAGUGGUCGAGGUGAACGGCGGCUGGCCCUGA